AAAUGAAGUUGGGCGCUGACCGUCAUUAUAAUCAUUAUUAUUCGCAGUCUCGCGCGACUGUAUGCGGUUUAUCUUGACUCAUUUCUCCGGUUUUACAACAUCGUUGUUACGAAUAACGUGAUCUUGUGCUCGCUAAGCUAACAAUAAUUUUCUCGUAAUGUCGACGGUAGCAAGUCCUUUAGCUGUUGGAGGCAUCCGACAAUCAGGAGCACCAGUACGAACGCAAAAUGUUAUGGCUGCCUGUGCUAUUGCUAACAUAGUCAAAAGUUCUUUGGGUCCUGUAGGUUUGGAUAAAAUGCUGGUUGAUGAUAUUGGUGAUGUCACUGUUACUAAUGAUGGCGCGACUAUUUUACGUUUGUUGGAAGUUGAGCAUCCAGCUGCACGAGUUUUAGUUGAAUUAGCUCAGUUACAAGAUGAAGAAGUUGGAGAUGGUACUACUUCAGUAGUUAUAAUAGCAGCUGAGCUUUUAAAAAAUGCAGAUGAACUUGUAAAGCAAAAAAUACAUCCAACUUCAGUCAUUAGUGGCUAUAGACUCGCCUGCAAAGAAGCAUGCAAAUAUAUUCAGGAGCAUCUCACUGUCAGUGUGGAUGAACUUGGAAAGGAUUGUUUGGUUAAUGUUGCAAAAACAUCUAUGUCAAGCAAAAUUAUUGGAGCUGAUGCCAACUUUUUUGGCAACAUGGUAGUUGACGCUGCUAAUGCAAUAAAAAUCAGCGAUGGCAAAGGAGGCUUUUUGUAUCCUGUUAAAGCAGUUAAUGUUUUGAAGGCGCAUGGAAAAAGUGUUCGAGAAUCGGUUUUGAUUCAAGGAUAUGCUCUAAAUUGCACUGUGGCUUCUCAAGCAAUGCCGAAGAGGAUAGCAAAUGCGAAAAUUGCAUGUCUAGAUUUCUCAUUGCAGAAAGCAAAGAUGAAGUUGGGAGUCGAAGUACUUAUUACAGAUCCUGAGAAACUUGAAGCUGUCCGUCAACGUGAAGCAGAUAUCACCAAAGAACGUAUUCAAAAAAUUCUCGCUGCUGGAACUAAUGUCGUUCUUUUAUCUGGUGGCAUUGACGAUUUAUGUUUAAAGUAUUUCGUAGAAACUAAGACUAUGGCAGUACGCAGGUGUAAGAAAGCUGAUUUAAAGAGAAUUGCUAAAGCUACAGGUGCACAAUUUCUUACAUCACUUACCAAUAUGGAAGGAGAGGAAAGUUUUGACGCCAGCUUUUUGGGAGAAGCUGCUGAAGUAGUGCAAGAGAUAAUAUGUGAUGACGAGCUCAUUUUGAUUAAAGGACCCAAGGCACGUACAGCAAGUUCUAUUAUUUUACGUGGACCAAAUGAUUAUUACUGUGACGAAAUGGAACGCUCCAUACAUGAUGCAUUAUGCGUCGUUAAGAGAGUCUUAGAAAGCAAAAAUGUUGUCGCAGGAGGAGGUUGCGUGGAAGCUGCACUCUCCAUAUAUUUAGAAAACUUCGCAACAUCAUUGAGCUCCCGAGAACAAUUGGCUAUAGCAGAAUUUGCUCGAUCUUUAUUAAUUAUACCGAAAACAUUAGCCGUAAAUGCUGCACAAGAUGCAACCGAUCUUGUUGCCAAGCUCCGAGCUUACCAUAAUUCCAGUAUAACAAAACCAGAUCUUGUUGAUUUGAAAUGGGUGGGCCUUGAUUUACUCGUGGGAAAUAUACGAGAUAAUAAAAAAGCCGGUGUAUUAGAACCAGCUAUUUCAAAAAUUAAAUCUUUGAAAUUUGCUACUGAAGCAGCUAUAACUAUUCUUCGAAUCGAUGAUAUGAUUAAAUUAGAUCCUGAGCGUUCGAAAACUAAAUCUUAUCAGGAUGCUAUGGAAGCUGGUGAACUGGAGGAUUAAUAUCAAAACGCACUUAUAUAUUAUGUUAGAUGCAUUUAUACGAGAAAAAUAUAAGAUUUCUAAAUGUUCCACUACAUAUAUAAAUAUCAUGCGAUAUUUUAAUAAAGAUUUAAUAUUACAAUUUACUGCUCGUAUAUUGCAUGUAUAUCGUUCACGAUUUUUAAAUCUGCGUGUGCAGAAAAAUGCUAAAACAAAAUAAAAUUUUUUCGUAAUUUAA